AUGUCCUCCUCUAAGAGUAGAGUAUCUGAUACAAUAGACCCUAUGGCCAUAGUUUCGGAUGAUGAGAUAGCCACAGAUCCUGAGGUUUUCACCUCUGACACUACGAGUGACGAUGAUGAUGACUUUCAACCUUUUGCUUUGCUGGAUUUUGGCGACGAUAUACCGCUAGCUGAUGGUUUUCCUGACGGGGAUCUACUUCUUGUUCCGAUCCCUGCUCCUUUUCCUCUUGUUGCAUUUCCUCUCGAGGAUCUGCCUCUUGAUGCAAUGUCUGACGACGACAUCGAUCUUUUUAUUGAGGGUCCCCCUGAGGGUGCCCGGGAUGAUGGAGCUCCAGUUGAUGAUGAUGUUGUCAUCCCACUUGCAGAGAUUCCAGUCGAUGAUGUUGUUGUCGUUCCACUUGACAAGAUUCCAGUCACCGAUGUCAUUGUUGUUUCGCUUGUCGAGAUUCCUGUCGAUGAGAUUUCAUCUGACUGUUCUGGUCCUGAUUCAUUCGAGUCUGUGUCAUCUACUACUUUACAUGCACUGGGAUUGCAGCGAUAUCCAACCGAUCCUGACUCUGACACAACUAUGUCUGCCGCACCUGUCUUUCCACAUGACUUUGACCUUGAGCAUGAGAUUGAGUUUGUCCCUGAUGAGCAGCCUUUUGAGGCACCUGUCGAUCCUGACAAGAUACCCACUGAUAUUGAGUUAGCCCCAGCUGACCCUGAGCCUAUGAUUGCACCUAAGCCCAUACCUGCUCACGACCCUCUGCCUGAGCAUGACCCUGCAACCGUUGACAUUCCAAUUAUUGCACCACCUUUACCUUAUCCGGUCCCUGCACCUGUUGACCGUGCUCCUUUUGCUGCCCAGAUUGAUCCCAGAUAUGCAUUUACCCACAAUGGGUGGAUCGAGGACGAGGAUGGCUUGCCUCCUUUUGUUAGACCUGUUACUCCCCCACCUGCACCUCUACAUGCACCCAUUGAUAUCUCCCAGUUUCACCCACAUGUGUCUGACACACACCGCACAAACUUGCCGAUCACAUUCCUUCAGGAUAUCCCUCCACCCCGUCCAGGGGAAGGUCCAUCAAGUCAGCAGCCCAGUCAUAUACCUUCUAUGUCAGCAGCCGAUCCUUUCAUGCCACAAUUUACACACACUGCUCCUUUUGCUUCUACACCCACGGGCAAACCACUUAUUUGGUUUCCGCCCAACACGAUGCUUGUAUCUGAUCCAUACCAUCCCUCACAUUACUCAGGUUACACAAGGGAUGAUUUGCUUUUGUCGUUAUAG